UUCAGUAAUAGGCUGGCGGCAGCAGGCUGAUACCCUUCGGAUACUCCGUCAUACUUGUCCUUUUGUGGUUCCUUGGUUGUGUCGAUCUUUGGCUGAGCCCAUAACGUUAUGUGUGGCAGUGUCAUUCUUUUGCGCAUCACUCAACAUCAAUAAUUCAGCUUUCACUUUUGUGUAUAUAAUCGCCCACCAUUGCGUCGUUAGAAGCAGACUGUUUCUUCCUCCCCAGCAUUUUUGCCUGCAAUCAUCCCUUCCAAACUCAGCGACCAUUCUCUGGGUUAAUUCAAUCUCCGAUUCUUCCGCCGUUUACCCUACGAGCGGACAAUAUGUCUUCCCAUGAUGCGAUCCCGGAGACUCCUCGAGUCACUUCGCCUUCGCCUGCUCCUUCAGAAAGCAGGUCGCGAUCCAGGGACGGAUACUCUGCCCCCACAACUCGCUCUGCAGCGCGACGACGGCGACUAGUAGAUGUAUCGGAGGAAAGCAAUAAUGAGCGGGAGUCAGGAUCAAGGCGCUCGCGAACUCGUUCUGGAAGUCCGACUGGUCCCUCAGGAUCAACUAGACAAAGGAAGCGGAAAUCAAACCCGAUGCAGCCUGCAAAAAACCCUGAACCACAGACAAACGGCGGAGCGAAAACCAACGGAUUCUUAUCGCCGCUUACGAAGGCUGACGGCAUCGCGCAUAGUAUCUCCCGAUCCCCCUCCCCUAUGGGGCUUAUUCCUCUUCAUACACGCUAUCGCAACUUCAUCCAUCGGCAUGAAAUACCGCGCAAGGUCCUCCACGUGUCAAUCGGCUUCUUCACUCUUCAUUUGUACAGCCGUGGUAUUCAAACAACCCAAAUCACUCCCUGGCUGUUCGGGGCCCUAGUACCAAUAGCCGCAGUGGACUUGGUUCGUCACCGCUCAGAGACAAUCAAUAAGCUUUACAUUCGCUGCGUCGGAGCGCUCAUGCGGGAAACCGAAGUGAAAGGGUACAAUGGUGUGAUCUGGUAUUUGCUCGGCGCAUACGCGGUCUUGCGGUUUUUCCCCAAGGAUGUAGGAGUCAUGGGCGUGCUGCUCCUAAGUUGGUGCGACACCGCAGCUUCUACCUUCGGUCGUCUCUAUGGUCGACACACGUUCCAGCUGCGCAAAGGGAAGAGCUUUGCUGGAACUUUGAGCGCGUGGCUCGUUGGAGUAAUUACUGCCGCUGCCUUCUGGGGCCUCUUCGUACCCAACGUCGGUCCUUUCCCUACCGACCCAGAGGACGCAUUCAUGUUCACCGGCCGUCUCAACCUCAUCCCAGACACAGUCAAGAAUCUUAUCGGCUGGACAACGGACACUGUUAUCUCGGGCCCCCUGGCGCUCGGCGUUAUGAGCGUUGUCUCCGGCCUGGUAGCAGCUGGCAGUGAGUUCGUGGACCUUUUCGGCUGGGAUGAUAAUUUCACCAUUCCCAUCUUGAGUGGAAUAGGUUUAUGGGGCUUUUUGAAGGUUUUUGGUUGAAUUUUUGAAGAAUACCAUCUCCGGCGUUUGUCUUUCUUUUCUACAUUUCAUACCUUAUCUUGUAUCAACUAGGGAUCUAGAAUCGGAUGGACAGCGAAAAGGUGAUACCUUUUUUGUUUCACACUGCGAAUCCUUCUUUUGCACGAGUCCAUUUGUCUAUACUCAUAUUUCUUGUUUGCUUUACUUCUUCUUUUACCUGUCUUCUUUCCACUCUUCUUAUUAUACCACUGGAAGCUAGCGCCAACACCUCUUAUUCUACCAAACACCGACGAAGAUCCUCCGCUUUGCUUUAUAAAUAGAAGAGAACUACCUGUGCUUAGAGAAUUCGAUGGCCCCGUGGGUUUCUAGUCGGACUGCGGGUCUGGGUGUCAAGUUCCGAUUCGAGGAUCAUUUCUAUUGCUAAUCUCGAUAUGAUUAUGUAUCCAUGUAUGUACUUAAUCUAGCUAGAUAUCACAAGGAUGAUGUAGUGCUUAAUA